GUGUGGUAACAUCCUUCAGAAUGUGACAGCAGGACCUGCUUGUCUCUAUGGAAACGUUUCCAAACUUUGUCACCUUUUCAUAUUGCUGUUGUAGCACUCUAACCUGGCUAGAUAUGUCUAUAACAUGGACCCUUUACCGGCUUCAUAUUACGGACAGUUAGAUAAAUCCAAUCCAGUGAUUUCCGCUUUUGAAAGGGAUUUAAAACAGUUUAAAUCAUAUAUGAAGAGACUUCUAGACUCGGCAAACUUCGACCACUUCUCUUAUUCUAGAGGGUCGGUGAAACUCUUUGAUAUAUGGAAAAAAUACAAACCUCGUCUUCCGUCCCCCUAUUACGAGGAACAACUGAUGCAACUGGCAGAUUUCCUUUUUCAAAGGAAAUUUUACAGCCUAGCGCUGUGGCAGGGAUAUAGGCGCUAUCUUCAUCAGAUCUGUACUGCUAGCUUGGAGAGCAUCAAGAAUGUGGAACACUUCAAACAGUCCUUCUUUCCGGAAGGCUUUCAUACUGAAGGAGCAAAGCUUACGUUCUGCGCUCUGCAAAGAGAAUGCCUGUGUGUCUUCUACUUGGAGCGAGAGAGGUGCAGACAGCCAGAUUAUAGUGGCAUGCAGAAGCUGCUUAGUAUACUGGCGUUUCUGCGCAUCAUGAUGCAAGCCAUUCUGCCCCAUGAGAGUUUAUGCUGGUUACUAUACAACGGCACUUUGUGUAUAUACGAGAUAAGCAGGUUCCUGAUGUCUGUGAGCCAUUCUGCACAGGCUCUAGACUUCUUGCUGUGGGCCUGUGUGUGCCUGGAGACCUCUAUCCCUUUGCUGACACCAGGCUUACUGCCCUGGAGGGCAACGCUGUACUGUGCUGUAUGUGCAUGUUAUUAUGAUGAGCAGGCUGCAGUUCAGGCCGAGGUUUUUGCAAGACGAGCUCUGGGUAAAAUAAGGGAAUUGGAGAAGCUGGUGGAGAUGAGUGAUUCACUACCGUCAGCUGAAACACAGCAAGCCUUUAAAGAAGCCACUAUCAAACUUGCAGUGAUGGUAUUUAAACGCUCUGUGUAUGAACCUCGGAGGAAAUCUAAAGGAAUCUUCAAGUAUAAACAAAAAGGCAAUGUCAGGGAAGGUCAUAACGGUGUGUGGCCACGCUCGCUGACGGAGCGAAUCCUGAUGGAGCUUUUUGUGGGCAACGCCGCUCAGUUCCUGGCAGUGCUGGAAGCUCUGCGGGACACGUCCCGCAGGCCCCUGCCAACUGGCAUGUCCAAAGAGGCCGAGAUACAGGAUGUGGAGCUCGAGCUCAUAAUGGCCGGCAUCAGCAUACUAUCUGGAAGUGGAGGCUCUUCAGAUCUCGUCUGUAAUGACAGUUUGCCCUCCUCUUUAAGCGCCAUCACUACUACUGCCACUGCCACAAUUUUGGAGCUGGCCACAGCAGGAGAAAAUCGGAUCUCUGUGGAUGCUGCAGUGACAUUUGUGAAGCUGUUGUUCAGAUACGAACAGUGGGAUAUGUUUUGUACCCUUUCAGACAGCCUUGUGACAGUACUGUCUAACAUGGAGGGCUGUCCCUUCCAGAGGGAUGAGCUGGAGCUUACCCUGCUCAGGGCCGCCGAGCGUGUCUUGUCCACUCACAGGGUCCACCUGGGUACCAGAGACAUCAUGGCUGAGGGUCAACCUGAUAAAGACAAGUUUGUGGGGCUAGUACCUAUGACAGAUGAGCUCCUGGAUUUGGUCCAGACCCUGCAUGCGUGUGUCUGUGACACAGCCCAGGAUAUGCAGCCAGAUGGGGACCUGGUGUUGGACAUUGUGCUGUUUGUCUGGGAAAAAUGUAAGCUCAUGUUCCAAAGAGCUCAGGCAAGACCCAAUGACUCAGUUCGCUACAUGGGCAAGAUGGAGUACAAAGACAAGUGGCUUCAGGCUCUGUCCCUACUGUGUGGGGUGGCCAGUGCCUGCCAUUUGGCUGAUAUAGACCUAGUAGCGGUGGCUGAGAUGACUUUCAGACUGGUCAUGGCACUGGAGGCCAGCAUAGAGUCCCAUCCACAGUCUAGCACAAAGACAGCUGAAGACCACAGUCUGCAGUCCAUCUCUGCAGAGAAAUAUACAGCUACAUGUCUUAUGCCCCAGAGGUCCCGGGCGGAGCAUCUGGAGAUGGCAUGUGGUGUAUUGGAGAGAGGCUUGGAGUGUGUGUCCAGAGGCAGGACAGUAUCUCUCCCAUGCAAUGCUUCUGCCAUCUGUGACAAUGUCUUUAUGCAGAAGUUUGGUGGCACACAUGUGGAGCUUUUUGAAAGUGGACAGCCAGAGGGCACCAGCACUUCAUGUGUCAGCGCCUUCUUCAUGGACCUGCACGUCGAACUGUUGGCCUUCCAGCACAGAGUCUCCCUCAAGCUCCUAGAUACCUACUCAGAUGUAGAGUCUGUUGAGGUGAGGAAGAGGUCAGUGCCUGCACAAGGCCAGCCCUCUGAGACACAGUCAGAGAGAACCAUAACAGAGUGCCUGCUGGUAGAGAAGAUCAAGAAGAACAAAAUCUCCAAAGCUCUGUUCCUGGCUCAGAAGGCUUUACUUUCCUAUAAGAAGGACACCACUAACACAGGCACCAAAAAGUUCCUUGAGGAGGCUGUGGGUUUAAUGGAGAAAGCAGAAGUUGAGGAGAGGAGGUUGAAUAGUGCUUCUGCUCCUGCGGAAAUGGGGUCCGAUGUAGCAAAGGGGUGUAGACCCCCUCCCCCUCCUGUCUUACUCUCACGCACUAACUGCUCGAUGACCUUCACCCCAGCACCGUACUCCCUGGAGGGGCAGGUUUGCUGGUACCGUAUUUAUGGUAGAGAAGUGGAGGGUGUCAGUUUGAAAGUGCGGAUUGGAGACUGCCACCUACCUGGCACUGGUGAGAUGAUUCCUUCUAGGGGUGUAUGCUUGCUUUGUGUCAGCGGCCUGGAGCCCAACCAGAAGUACCUAUUUGCUGUGGCAGCCUACGACGCUCAGGGAAACCUACUCGGCAACACCAUCGGAGACACAACCAGGCCCCUGCUAGCCUCCCUGCCUUUACCUCUGUUGACAACCUGGGCCCAUCUGGCUCAGGUGGCUUACCAAACAGGCCAGUAUGCAGUAGCCAAAAAAGCCUGCAGUGAGCUGUGGAGCCACUUUACCUUGCCCUCAAGCCCGGAUCCUGGUGCCCCACAAGAGCCAUUAGAGAAACAUCUUGAGGGGCUUGCUCAGACAAGGCUGCGCUGGGAAACCCUGCAGCUCUCCUCCCCUCUAUUGCAGCAGCUUUUUCUCUCUUCCAUCUUCGUGCAGACUGACAUCCACAUCCAGGAGAAGGCGCUACACUGCGACUCCCUCGCUGAUGGAAGCUCCUUCAUCUGGGGACAGGAGGCCAGACUUGCAGAGUGUGAAAGAAUGCUGGUGGCCAUAGACCUGGCUCUGUAUCUAAAUGAGAGUAGCGACGCCCUGCAGGCCACGGUGACCUGCUACAGCCUCCUGGCCCCGCUUAUCUACUAUCAGAUCCCAUCCGAUGCUGUGAUUCAGGUCUUGUUGAAGUGUCUGGUGGUGCUGCACGAGAUUGCAGGAGUGCUCAGGCAGAAACGACCUGCUGCUGCUAUGGAGUCCCUGCAGCAUAUGGUGGCUUGCAUCACACACUACGUAGCCAAGGGCUUGAGGUGCAUGAAUGAGUACCGCAUGGCAUUGUCAGUGAUGGAUCAGGGAAAAGAGCUCCUCCAGCAGAUGGCAGAGAGCCUCCUGCAGCCAUCCAAGCCUGCCUGGGUGCAGCAGGAUGGGGAGGAAAUACUCCAGAAGAAGGCAGCAAAUGCUCACAAGGUGGAGCUCUGUGUGCAGCUGAACGCUUUGGAGGCUAGUGUGUGGAAGGACAAGAAAAUGGCGGUGUUGUUAAAUGACAAUGGCACAACCUGGAACAGAGCAGCAGUAGGUUCUCUGGGUGACGACCUCAGUGGACAAGAAGACCCCGCAGUUCUCCACAUGGUGAUUGGCUGUAGCUCUCUCAAGAGCGCCUUCAGGGAUGUCAUGAAGUUCAAACGGAAGUCUCGCUUCAUAGAGUUUGCUGCACUGCUGCUGGAGAAGGCCCUGCUGGAGGAUCAGCUCCAGCUGCUUCCCCAGUGGGGGCAGGAGAUCCUCAACUGGCUGAAGAGGCGCGAUGAAGAUUUGACAGUCCCAAAGAAGCCCCAGGGGCAGUCAGAGAAAGAUUCAAACAACUUUACAUCAUCUGUUAUUGAGUACAGUACUAAAAAGCAGAAGGUGGGCAGUGUUUGGUGCGAUAAGAAGACGAGAGAGUUGCAAAAGGGGCAUUUUUCUGGACCAGGAGUCCAAAUCUCUGAAAGAGGGGUGAUGGAGCUCAUGGUGAGGCAGCUCACUCCGCUGGUCAGGAGGCACCGGCGACGACGAAGGCUCAGGCAGAUCUCCUCAGAGGAGUGGCCGUGGCGCUGCCAACUAAACCUGGCCCUGGCCCGUGCCCACCUGGGUCUGCUGAGCAACAGCCUGCAAGCCCGGACCGGAGCUCCUCCUCAGCAGUGUUAUAGCAAGAUGCAACUGCUGUCAUUUUCCCUGGCACGUACUGGAACGCUGGUGAAAUGGAAGAACACUCCCCAACACAUCAGAGCUCCUCAGCUAAACCCCCCAAUCCCAAAACCCACCUUUCAGCCCAAAGGUGAACCCACACUUCACAAAGCCAACGACACCAGCCAGGGAACUGAGAAUGCUGGAGAGGAGUCUGGCGAGAUUGAAGGCGAGAACCAGCUGGACUCGGCACGCACACAGCUGACCAACCAGUCAGACAGCAGUGAGCCGUCAGCGCCAGUCAUACCUGCAACAAGCCACUUGGUCUCCCAGCCACUGGACAUACUUUCCAAGGCCACAGUACACCUCAGGAGAGCUAUGGUGCUGGCCCACCGCGGAGGCCAGUGGACAUCUCUGCAGUGGGCCUGUGGGAUCCUGUGGGACCAGUUCUGCACCAUGGCAGUGCUGGUGGAGCAAAACCAGGGCUCCAACACCCCUGACCCAUUUACUCUGGACCAGUACUACACCGUGUUCACACCCCUGUUUGCACUGGCUUCUGACCUGCUCAUGGACAUGGGCGAGAAGCUUCAGCUGUGGGAAGUGUAUAAUGAGGGAGGUGAGGAGGUGGAGGCCAGGCAGCAAGGAGGUGGGGCAUCGGUGGACCUGUGCUGGCUGAGGAGCGUGGUGCUGCACACCCUGGAGCUCCUCCACUACCAGGCCAAGUGGGAAACUCUCGCCCACCUCGCCUUGCUCUACAACUGCUACACACGGGAGCACUACGCUCAUGUGAUAAUCCCAGUGCUGGUGUAUGCUCAAAAGAGACUGCUGGAAAGGAUCAGCCACUGUGGUGGGCCUCCAGCGCCCCAGCCGCACUUCACUCACACAGAGACGGUCACUGGAGAGAAGGUCACAUAUAGGAACUAUGCAGGCAAGCAGCUUCUCUUGCAUCAUCACUCCAGCAUGGAGGGAUGGCUUAGGGGGGGUGAGAGAGACACGGCCCCCGAGCCUCUGGAACUGGCAGAGGUGAAUAGGGCGAUGUGUGUGGUGCGUGUGCCACUGGACGUCCAAGACACGGUGCAGUGCUUGCGAGAGAUGCAGCUCAAAGGCUCUUACGCCCAUCAUGCUUUCCAGCACAGCCGCACGCUUCUGCUGCUUCUGCUGGCCGACACGCAGCACCUGGAGGUGCCUUUCUGCAUGGAGUUCUCCAGUGGUGGACGGGGCAGAGUGGAGUUCGACCCAGUAGUCAUCACGGCACCGGCCAUCGGUCCUCUAGACCUGUCCAACAGGGAGAGUAGCUGGAUGGGCUCGGUGUGGAGCUCCCCACUGCCCCCCUUCCAAAUCCAGGCUGUCCUCGCCUCAUACGGCAACUCUAUCAAAUUCCUUCAGGCAAAUAAGUACCAUGCACUCCGGGUUCAAGCCCUACAUGACCUUGGGAACCUGCAUUUCUAUAGCAGGAAUCAAAAGGAUGCUCAUUCACACUGGAGCAAGGCUUUGGACUGCGCCCUGCUCACCACUGGUGUGCUGGAAUCAUGGGAUGGCAAGUCAUGGGGCAGCAGCUCCUCUCAACACCCCUUGAGGCAUGCUGGGAUACGGGGCUGUCUCCAGGGAGCUGUGCUGUCUGCCAAAAUUGCUCAGUAUGUUCUUACGGACAACAUCAGCCAGCGAACAAAAUGUUGUCUUCUUUCGGCCAAGCUCUUCAAGUGUCUUCUGAGGGUGUCCCUGCCCCACCCUGAUAAUGAUCUGGACUACUGCUCUUACACACUGAAGACGGAGCUGAUCCCUGGAGUAGAGCUCUUCUCCGAGUCGGACUGGAGCAUCACUGGGAGCGUUGUGUCCAGCAUUGGCUUCCUGUGCCACUGGCUCUACUCCUCAGGCCAUCACCUCACAGCUCUUCCUUUGCUGGCUCUCUACCAGUACAUAGCCAGUAAUGUUUGUCGAGACCCAUACCUCACUGUAAGCUGCAGAAUACUGAAGGUGAAGGUGUUGACGGAGCUGAGCCUGUUUGCUGAGGCAAUGACAGAGAUCCACAGUCUCAUGUUGGGAGUAGACGUCCCUCAGUCUUACCGUGAUUGCAGCAGAGCAGAGAAGGACCAGUAUCCACAGGUGCAGAAGUUCAUGAAUCAUAAACCUCUCAUGGAUGUUUGUAAUCUCCAGGUUCUGGAGGAGGUGGUAAACAAAAGGCCCAGUGUAGAUGUCCUAGCUCUGUAUGGCCCCAUCCUGACCCACCGUCUCCUCCUGGCCAAGAUUCAACUCAUCUCGGCCAUGUGCAGCACUAUUCACGACCUGCCAGAGGCCCUUGCUUCUGGCACCUCAUGGACCUCAGAGUCAUCAGAGAGUCAGGUGAAGUGCAGUAUGACACAGAGGGGCUCGAGCACUCCUGAUCCACCUAACGCCAAAAGUGAUCAGUCUCCAUGCAGUAACCCCACCAUGAACAGCAGCAAGCCUGAAGGCCUGCAGUUAGUGUCUCUCCUGGGGGAGACACUUACCCUGGGCCAUGUCAAGGCUUUGCUGCUCAGAGAGGCAUCCGUCCAGCUGAGCCCCCAGCUGCUUGGCCUGCAGAACAUCCACACGGACCCUGAGGAGCUGGAGCUAGCUGUGGAGUCCAGACUGCUCCUGUCCAGUCUCAGCCUGCAGUGGGGCCAAACUGCUGCCAGUGCGGACCUGGCGGUGUCUGCUCUCAGGCUGCUGCAGGACUCUCCUCUGUUCCAGCGCGAGAACCCCCCACCUGCUCCCCGGAACCCUCUAGCCUCUGUGCUCAAGCAGUCCCAUGAAAGGGUCAAACGUGAGCAGACGCUUCCGGAGCAGCCGGAGUCCGCUAAGGGUUGGUGGUUGCGGGAUGUCCCGGCUGUGGUGGAGGCUGCCGAGCGCAUGGGCCGCUGCUUCUGGCUGCGCUGCAGGCUGGCGGCUGUGCGCAGCCUCACUGCGCACAUCCCUGGGACCGCCAUCAUCCCAGGUCUGGACAGCAGCAUGGAGGCGGAUAGGCUACUGAAAGAUGGCCUUGCUGAGGCUGAGGCCUGGGGAGACCCAGACACCCAGGCCCUGCUGCUCCUGCAGGGGGUCAUGUUGCACUUCCACUGUGGGAAAGCUCCAGAAGAGAGCAUUGCCAUGCUGCAGGAGGCAGUAAGCCUGCUGUCUGGCCGUAGUGCUCUGUCUCUGCGCUCUCGUUUGGCUCUUGCUGAGGCCACCAUUCUGCUGAGUGAGCGGAGAGGCUCGAGUGGCCAGUCACUGGACCUGCUUGCUCAGAGACUACUACAGCAGCAGCUGUGCGCUCUGGGGGAGUGUGUAAUCUUGAAAACAGGGGGAGGCCUGGAACUGCCCUCCAAUCCAGGUUUGAUGAAUAUCUACAACCCACAGCUCCCUCUGCUGGCCAGGACAACUAUGCACCUGGGUCUCUGCAUAGCCCUGCAGGCUAUGGUGAACUCCCUCGAGGAGGGUGAGGGACCCUGGAAGCCCUGGCUGGCAGCUCAGGAGGUGCUAGAGUGCGCGCUCGCCAUCGCCCAGGCCUCGGCCAGCCGCCACCACCAGCUGGAGGCUGACAUCCUGUACUACAAGGGAAUGGUGGGGAGAGUCCUAAUGUCGCUGACGACACUCCAGCACCAGGGAGUGGUGGAGUCCUUCCUGAAGAGCAUCACACUCGCUCAUUAUCACACCCAUAAUCUGCAGUUAAUCCACAGAUGCUAUGUGGAAAUGGCUCUGAUAUACCUGGAGCAGUGGCAGAAGAGCACUGCUACUGUAGCUGGGCCUCCAGCCGCUCCUGUGCCUGUUCCAGCACCCGCUAGUUCAGACAAGUCUCAAGCCUGGAAACGGGUGAGGUCUACUCUAAAUAAAAACCUAACGGUGGGUCAGAGUCAGCUACUGCUCUUCUGGGUUUGUAUGAGAGCAGCUACCAUGACCAUGGAGGCUCUUACAAAUUGUUGCCAGUUAUGUGGCUUCACUGGUGUCACAGGUGUCCAUAUUCCUCUCACGUCACUAAAAGCUCUUCCUGGUUUUGCCUCCAAUGACCUGCUGCAUCCUUGUGGGGGGACAGAGGAGCCUGUGCAGCUUUGCCCCAGCUGGACUGCAGACACAGGUAACGGAGCGGACAUCGGGAAAAAGUGCCAGCUCACCUGGGUGCACCUGUCACGCUACUACACACAUCUGCUCAACCUGAGGCACAUCUGCACACAGCCAGCAGCAGAGCAGUGUGUGGAGGGGUUGCUGUCUGUAGGUGGUGACCCCUUUCUAGCUCUAAGAUUGAAUCAGCUGCACACCUUCUUUCACCACCACCUAGCCAGCUACAGAGAGAAGUGUGUUACACCUGAUCCUCCAGCUGCCCUCAUUCUGGAGCCCCAUGUUCUACAGUUGUCCCACACUGCGAAGGUCUGUGUGCGUCAGCCCAAGCAGCCACUGUCGGACCUGUACCCCUGGGCCACGGUGGACACACCGCAGCUGCGCAUCCAGUGGCAUCGUCCCACUCUGGAGCGCCGCAGCCCACCACCCGACACGAUUGUGCUGGUCUUUGGGUUUAAUAAAGCUCCACUGUCUGCUAUGCAUCCCAGCGCAGUGGCUCUUGCAGAUUUAGAAGCUGGAAGGCGACUCAUCUCUCUUGACAGGCUGAAAGCUCUUCAUGGCCACCUGAUCUCAGCAUGUGUGGAGGCCAGUGUGGAUUCAACAGUGCCUGUUUCAUUGGCUCCCAGCAGAACCGCCUCCCUAGACCGUGGGUGUGGCAAGGCAUCUGACAAACUCACCCCCUGCAGCCCCCAACAGAUGCUGCUGGAGAAGACCAGACAUAUCUGUAACGAGAUAAGGAGUCUACUGAAGCCUGAUCUAAAAUUUCCUCCUACCACAGAGGUACCUGUGGAGAUGAGCGUGCAGACUCUGGGCAUCCUGGAGCGCUGCUUCAACCCCACUACAGGAGCCACCGUGGAGGACAAAGCCCUGAGUGCCUGGCUCCUCUCCCUCCUUGUCUGAACCACCUCGUGUGCGGUGGCCAUUCGAAACAGUCGAUUUACAGCAGCGUCUCUCACCCCAGUCCACUGGGCUCAGCAGCCCGUGCACACGUGGACUCUAACCCAGCUCCAGUGUGCCUUCACCAGCUGUUCACGCUUCAUAAUGCCUUGCUUCCUGCUGAGCUGGAGGUGGACCGUCAGGUGGG